AUGAAGUGCAAAAUACCCGAAAUAUCAUGGCAUAAUCGUGACCCAGUAUUAAGUGUUGAUAUACAACCAAAAUCUUCCGACAAUAUAUACCGUUUGUGUUCCGGUGGUACAGAUGCCCAUGUCUUAAUAUGGUACAUGAAAUUAACUUCGGGCGAUCAUGGUGAUAUUGAAUUGGAUUUGGCUGCCGAUUUAACUCGCCAUCAACGAGCGGUUAAUGUCGUCAAAUGGUCACCAAGUGGUGAACUAUUGGCAUCCGGCGAUGAUGAGAGUGUUGUCUUCAUAUGGAAACAAAAAUCGGAUAGUGAACCAAUUAAUAUUUUGGAUCCUUCCAAUGAUCAAGACAAAGAAGUGUGGAUCACUUUGAAGGUGUUGCGUGGUCACAUGGAAGACAUCUACGAUUUGAGUUGGUCACCCAAUUCACAGUUUUUGGUAUCGGGAUCUGUCGACAAUUCGGCCAUGGUAUGGGAUGUACAAAAAGGAAAAUCAUUGGCAAUAUUAAAUGAUCACAAAGGUUUUGUGCAAGGUGUGGCUUGGGAUCCGAAAAAUCAGUACAUAGCAACACUGAGUACAGAUAGAUAUUUGCGCAUUUUUGAUAUUCAAUCCAAGAAGGUACUAUAUCGUGUUAGAAAAGGCACGUUACCCGUUCCGGAAGGCAAUGAUUUACAUGGCAAAACAAUGCAUCUCUUUCAUGAUGAUACACUGCAAACAUUUUUCCGCCGUCUAAGUUUUACCCCAGAUGGCAAACUUCUACUUACACCUUCUGGUCUCACCGACUACGAUGGAUGUACUCAUCCCUUGCACACCACAUAUGUAUUUAGCCGUUUUAAUUUCCGUCAACCAGCAAUAGUUUUGCCCUGCCCCGAACAAUACACUGUGGCUGUACGUUGUUCCCCACUGUUGUAUCGCUUACGUCCCUAUGAUGAAGAAAAGAAUCCACCCGUUGUGCCGCUACCAUAUCGUAUGAUAUUUGCUGUGGCAACAAAAAGUUCAGUUUACUUUUAUGAUACCCAACAAAAGCAACCAUUUGCAUUGAUAUCGAACAUCCAUUAUACUCGUUUAACAGAUAUAACGUGGUCGAAUGAUGGUCGCGUUGUAGUUGUAUCCAGUACAGAUGGUUUCUGUUCACUUAUUACAUUCGACGAGGGUGAAUUGGGUGAAGUGUAUGAAGAUACUGAUGCAGUGCUGGAAGCUGCUUUGGCCCAAGUCAUCGGCAAGACUACAAAAUCAAAGAAAUCCAAGGAUAGCGAUGGCAGGAAUCGGAAAUCCUCAGUCGAUGACAGUAAUGAAGCAAAAGUUACAGCUACUACAUCAUCCAAGGAACCAUCGCUGGAGAAAAUUGAAGAAGGGAAACCAGAAACUAAUGGUAAGAAGGAUAAAGAUGAAGAAAAAGUUGAUAAAUCAAAUAGUACAGAAAGUGCUGCAAAGAACGUUGAUAAUGAUGAAACACCAAAAGCCACACCAAUCGCCAUUAAACGUAAACCAGGACCCAAUGAUAUCUCUAAAGCUACACCCACAGAGAAGAAUAAUGAUAAAUCUCAGGCAACACCAAUCGCAAUCAAACGUAAACCGGGGCCCACUGAGGCGUCCGUUGAUACUACAACAGAGAAGAAAACUGACAAAACUCAGGCUACACCCAUUGCUAUUAAACGCAAGCCCAGCUCAUCAGCUGAAACACCACAAACCAAGACUGAAAAUCAAGCCACUCCGAUUGCAGUAAAACGUAAACCAAGUUCAAGUGAAACUCCUCAAAAUAAGACCGAUAAAGAAGCCACGCCUAUUGCCAUCAAACGCAAACCAAGCACAAAUGAAACUCCUUCAGAUAAGUCGAAUAAAGAAGCCACGCCUAUUGCCAUCAAACGUAAACCAAGCACUUCUGAAACUCCUCAAAAUAAGUCCGAUAAAGAAGCAACCCCAAUUGCCAUUAAACGUAAACCAGGUGCAGUUGAAACACAAACAGACAAGGAGAAGAAAUCAGAAAGCAAGGACAAACAAAAACCCACGCCAAUUGCGAUUAAACACAAACCGGGACCAGUGGAUGAAAAUGCUAAAGAAAAACCAGCAACACCCAUUGCUAUUAAACGUAAACCCGGACCUGUUGGAACACCCAAGGAAGACAAAAAUAAAGCAACAGACGAUGCAGAAGAGAAAACUCCACCAAAAGCAUCUAAGCCGGUAAUAAUUUUGGAUAAAGAAAUACUUAGCUCGGAAGAAAAAUUCGAAUCUCCUGAAAAGAAAAGUCGUCCCGUAACACCCAUAUCGGUUAGAAGGCAUCCACGUACACCCAGUACCGGUACACAAGUUUCACAAAGUCCAACAACAUUUGCAAAGGCCAUAAAUGCAGCCGCCGCAGCAUCAUCCUCUUCGGCAGAUGAUAAACCUGCCAAAACACCAAUACGAGAAAAGAAGGCUAACCCCAUAUCAGUCAGAAGGACACCACGUAAUUCCAUUAGUGUUCCACCGCCGGUGAAUACACCCACUUUAGUUGAAGAGGCAAUGGAUGCAUGGCCUCUCACCAAAGAAGAGUCAAAUCCACCUCCCAGCAAGAACAGCACCGAUACAAAAACUAAAAAAAUCUCAACGAAAGAAGAAGGUAUUAAACCAUUACCUCCAGGCGAUGAAACAUGCGAUCGUACCGAGGAUAUAUGUUUAGUUUAUGAAGAAACUGUGGAAGAAGCCCCAGAACAAAUGGCUGUUACAAAGGCGGCGGCGGCAGAUGAGAGCACCGGAACGGAAAAUGCCAUAAAAUCCGAAAGUAAAAAUGAAAAUUCCUCGAAGGCACCACCACCGGUUACGCCAAGUAAUAAAACCCCUCGCCGUGUAGCUCUAAAAACAAUAUCGACACCGAAAUCAAAAAAGAAAUUGUUGGAUUGA